UUUCCGCCCUUCACAUAGCACAACCUUUCAAAAAAAAAAAAGUGACAUAGGGAGGGACAGACACUCAGAGCGGCUGAGAGAUAAGAAGAACCAGGAUGCCUGCGUACGCCACCAACAUGAGGCUGAAGUUCCCCAUCUUGGCCUUGAUUUUGGAGAUUAUCACCAUCAUUUUGUACGCUGUGUUUGUGACCUAUGAUGAUGGGAAAGGUCACGGACAUGAUGCCAACUCUAAUCAUACCUCCAAUCCUGUGGAGCUCUACCCCAUGUUUCAGGACGUCCACGUCAUGAUCUUCAUCGGUUUUGGGUUCCUGAUGACGUUCCUCAAGAAGUAUGGGUUCAGCAGCGUGGGAAUCAACCUGCUCCUGGCUGCCUUCGGUCUGCAGUGGGGCCUCCUCAUGCAAGGAGUCUGGCACAUGGAUCAUGGCAAGAUUAAAGUCGACGUCUUCAAAAUGAUCAACGCAGACUUCAGCACUGCGACGGUCCUGAUUUCCUUUGGUGCUGUUCUUGGUAAAACCAGCCCUGUGCAGCUUCUCAUAAUGACCAUCCUGGAGAUCACCAUCUUCUCCAUCAACGAGCACCUGGUGGCUAACAUUCUGAGCGCCAAUGAUGUUGGAGCUUCCAUGAUCAUCCAUGCUUUUGGGGCGUACUUCGGCUUGGCCGUGGCCCGAGUUCUGUACCGGCCUGGUUUGAGAAAUGGACAUGAGAACGAUGGAUCUGUCUAUCACUCUGAUCUGUUUGCUAUGAUUGGAACGGUCUUCUUGUGGAUGUUCUGGCCCAGCUUUAACUCAGCCAUUGCCGAACCAGGAUUCGUCCAGCUGACUGCAGUGAUCAACACCUACCUCUCCCUGGCUGCCUGUGUGCUCUCUGCCUACGCCAUCUCCAGCCUUGUGGAGCACAAAGGAAAGCUGGACAUGGUACACAUUCAAAACGCCACACUGGCCGGUGGAGUUGCAGUGGGAACGUGCGCUGACAUGAACAUCCAGCCUUUUGGAGCCAUGCUGAUCGGAGUGGUGGCUGGUAUCAUUUCAACCCUGGGCUUCAAAUAUCUCUCUCCCGUACUGGCAUCUAAACUGGGCAUCCAGGACACCUGCGGGGUCCACAAUCUGCACGGCAUGCCCGGCAUCCUGGGUGGGCUUGCUGGUAUCGUGGCUGUGGCGCUGGGAAAGAAAGAUGGCUCUGCAGCCAUGCAAGCUGCCGCGUUGGCUUCAUCCCUCGGGUUUGCUCUGAUUGGAGGUGCUAUUACAGGUUUAAUAAUGAAGUUGCCUGUCUGGGGACAGCCACCAGACCAGAACUGCUUCGAUGACUCUAUUUACUGGGAGGUGCCCGAGGCGGAUGAGGAGAGCGAUGGCAGCUUGGCUCCUGCAGAUCACUCAAAGAACAAAACUGAAGCUUAAAUACACAAACAACCUCAACCCAGCUGGAAAUUAACAAAUGAGCUAUUUUUCUUUUAGGUCAAACUGUAGAUCUUGAAAUUUUUUAUGCAAUUGAAAAAUUAGCUGUCAAACUUUUAAAUAUUUUUAUGCGAGACAUAUAUACAUGCAGAUUUUUCAAAAUAAAACAAAACUAAAUUAGAAGACGCAGAAGAAUAUGAAAAGACGUUUUACUCCAACAAGAUCACUAUUUUUAUGAGCUAUGCAUAUUUUUUUAUAUAUUAUAAGGAGCAUACAAGCAUCUUUAGGACAAUAAUCUUGUCUUGAAAGUUUUUCAUUAAAAAAAAACAUUUGCAUUUGUAACCAAAAAACUGGGCUUUGCUCUCCAGCUUUGCAUUACCUCACUGGAGCCCAGUCCUUGUGAGUCAGAGUCCAGCAUCAAGACUCUGAGGAGGGCAGCGAUGGUCGCACAAUGAACCCACAAUAAAUGUGUUUCCACUUCUUUGACUUUCCUAUUUUAUGGGGACGCCUGUAUAUCUGAGCGUGACUUUGGGGGUUCCCAGACAAACCAGGUUUUUUUUGUGUGUUUACUACUAGUUUUACAUGUACAUACAGACAGACGACACGGUCAGUUUUAUCAAAGCAAAGAAAUGAAACAUUUAUUUUGAAGUUACACCAUGUGCUUUACAUAUUCUAUGCCUUUUCUGUCUGCCUCUUAAAUUAAACCUUCAACGUUGAAACAAACUCGCUUUCUGUAAAGGACUUUUUUGCGUCAAAGUGCAAAAAAACUGGUUUUGCUUUCAAUCAUAAGUUAAGCUUGAUAAAACUGACUUCAACUAAAGUUAAUCAAAGACAGUAAGGUCGGUCACAUGUGACACCCAGAAAACUGAAGAAAAUGAACAUUUUUGUAUUUUUACACAGCGAACAUGUGCUCCUUUUGUUUAAUAUACUAAUACUGUCAUAAUAAUAAAAGCGUUUUGUACAAUU